CACUAUCGUUGCGAAUCGAUGACCGUUACGACGUGUGUGAUAUGAUGGUUGAUGUUGUAGUUGUUAUGCAUAGCCUAGCAUGUUUAGUUCGUAACAUGGUGUAAUAUAACAACGAUUUUAAAUCAAUGAAACCGUUAGAUUCAGACGAGGAGGAAGCGGAGCAGCUGGGUGCUUACCAAAAGGAGCUGAGGCAGCGCGCCAACCAGAGCAUCCAGCAGCUGAGUAGUGCUCUGGAGCAGCUGAACCCUGAUGGAGAAGAGGUGGAGGAAGUCAGAGGCAGUGAUGGCAGCCUCUUCACUGCCAUGGCUGAAGAGGACACGGCUGCAUGGAGCCAAAAGACACAGAGCGAAGCAGUCAACCAGCUGAAGAGCCUUCUGCUGAAGCAGUGCAGAGAAAUGCCCGCUCCUCUCUCUCCUCCAAAGAAACACACUCCAUCCAAGAGAGUGCAGCAAGAGGGAAAGUCCAGUUUGCCUGGCAUUCAGGAUUUGGUCCCAAUGAUUCACAACCAGUCAGAGUACAUCCAACAUCUGGAAGCUGAGGUCAAAUUCUGCAAGGAGGAGCUGCAGGGGAUGAAACAGCGUGUCAGAGUGGUCGUGGUGGAGAAUGAGAAGCUGCAUUCACAACUCAAAUCAAAAGUGGAUGAAUCUCUGAAGGAUUACACAUUUCAAAACUCUACGGUGAAUGAAGGUAUCUCAGCCAGCAACCACAUAGCCUCCAAUACAGGACACCGAGAGCUGCAGAGAGCAGAACUCACAGCAUGGAAAAAUGAGCUGGAACAAUUGAGAGUGAUCCACCAGGCCCAGAUUGAAAGCUUGGAGGCUCAGGUCAUCUCUCUCAGGAAGGAUCUGUCAGUCAGUCAGAAGGAGUGUGAGGAGGUGAAGGUUCGUCUGAGACACAGGGAGAAACAGGCUGCGGAUGCACUGAGGGCGGAUGGAGCGCCCCGUGUGGCAGGAUUGUGUCUUCAGUGUGCACAGCACGAAGCGGUCUUGGCUGGGACUCACACAAAUCUGCAUGUCCAGGCUAUUGACAGGCUUACCAAGGAACGUGAUGAGUUGCUGGUGGCUCUACGUGCUGUGCGGGCUAGUCAGCAGGAGGCGCAACAUCGGGAGUGGUCAGCCUGUCUUCAGGUCAAACAGGCUGUGGAGAUGGCUGAAGAAGCAAAUCUUCACAAAGCUAGGGUGGAGGUGCAGUGUGAGCAGUUCUCAAGGGAGCUGGCUCGACAGAGAGAACAGCUAGAACGACAAGCCCAGGCCUUGCAGGAGAGACUGGCUGAGGCCAGAGAGGAGGGCCGGACUGAGGCCCGCAAACAGAAAGAGGAGCUGGCACAUACAGUGUCCAGCCUCUCUCAGCGUGUAGCUGAGUUGGAAGGGCAGCUAGACAGAGCUCACAGAGACAAGAGCUCACUGACCAAUCAGCUGGAAGACACUCUUCACAGACUUACCAGUCAGGAACAAGACAAUACCAAGGUGUGUGUGGAUCUGCGAUAUAAGCUCAGCCAGGCCCAACUAAAGAAAGAGGAGGCAGAGAGAGAGCUCCGAGAGCUCAACUCCAAGACCAAGAGGCAGAUGGAAAAGGCUUCACAGGAAGUGGAAAGGCUGAGCUCAGAGCUGGUUGGCUGUCGGCAGCAUCUGGAGGCGGUCCAAAAGGACGGGAGCCAAUGGCAGGCCGAAGCCCUGAGCCUAGCAGAACAGCUGGCAAAUGCCCAGCGCCAACUGCACCUCACCAGACAGGACAGAGAGAAUGCAGAACGAGCUCACGAGGAGGAAAUGACGUCUGCGACUCAGGCGUCACGGGAACGGGAGAGAGAGCUGACCGUGCUGCUGGAGCAAACAGAGGCACAAUACCAGCAGAGAGUUGGAGAGUUGGAUGGUCUGCUGAGCUCCCAGAAUGCCCUGAUCAGGAAGCUGAAGGAGGAGUGCUGCACACUGGGGGUCAAACUGGAAGAGCUGACAGAAAACAGCAGGAGUGAGCUGGAGCAGCUGGGCCUGGAGAAGCAACACCUAGAGGAGGCGGUGAAGAGUCUGAGAGCUCGCUGCUCCAACAUGGAGGAACAGUGUGUCCAGCACGGCCGCAUGCACCAGCGCAUGAAGGACAGGCUGCAGCAGUUGGACCGUCACUGUCAGAGCAGCGCCCAGCAGGUGUGUGAGCUGCUGGCCAAACAGAACCAGCUGAUGGAGGAGAGAAACACACUCACUGAGGAGAUGCAGAACCUACGCAUAGAGCUCCCCAACACAAGACGAGUCAACACUCUGUCCACAUGAGUCUGUCCUGCCUGUCUCCUCUUCCUCGUCAUCACCACUGCUCUGCUCGGAUAUUUUCAGUGUCAGAAAUCUCCUGUUAACCAGAACAUAAACUGUUACUUAUCUUGUUUAAAUGGGUGACGUGCAGGAAGACUGAUACAUGUACAGUAUGUGUUUUCAUUUUAUAUUAAGGUGCAGUGUAUACACUUGAAAAACUUUAUUACUAAAAUGUUUACAACAUUUUUUUGUUAUCAGAACUGAAAAUCAGGUUUCUAUUUUAUAUUUUGCAACAGACUGUUACUGCAGUAUAUAGAGCAGUUAGAGGCAUUAGGAUGAUGUUUAAUGUUUUUAAAUAAAACAUUUUUUGAGAUUUAUUUGCACUGUUACACCAAUGAGCUUUUGGAAUGGCCUAAAUUAUUAGUUAAAUACAGGUGUCUAGAUUUUCUUUUGAUAAAUCUUAUAACUAAUACAGUAUAUUUGUUUCACGUGUUUUCUUUGUACAUAAUGUUUCAUUUUUAUUCUUAAUUUUCUCAUUUUAACCAAACUGAAAGGCAGUAAAAACAUUUUUUUUUAGCAACAAAGCAAACAAAAAAGCCCACACCAUCACAGCAGAUUGACAUAGUGCUUUAUUGAAGCUGUCUGUAAGAAGGAAAAUAAUGUGCAUCCCUAUCAUAUACAUUUUAUGUGUAAAAAUACUAAGGAUGUACAGUGUAAAAAACAGCUUCAUGUUGAUGGUAAUCUGUUGUUUUCACAUCCUCGUGGCCUCACUGGCCAGCAUCCUGACAGCAUGAGGGACAGAAAAAGGCUGUUUGAUCUGCUUUUCUCUGAAUCUUUCUGGAUCUGCUGGGUUUCCUGACACUGUCUCAGAGUCGACAUCAGCUCUGCUCCGCUGUCAUGUCACGGAGCAGAGCUGACUUCAGUAUUACAGUGCUUCAGGGAAACGUGGCCCACUCAGAAAUGUCUCACACAGCUGUAAAGCUACAGUAGAUGGACAUGGACAUGAAAUUAAAACUCAGUUACACUUUGUAAUAUUUGUACAUGUUUGCCAUUUUUUGUUUGCUGUUUAUAAAUAAAUGCAUUUCAUGCUUGUUCAUGUUAAUAAUCAA